AUGAUCAUCAACGUCGAAACAGGACUCCACCUGACAGCUCCCGACAACUGCAAGGCGGGACCAACGACUGUAACUCGCGACUCGCCCGCAUUACAACGUACUCACUGGAAUGUCGUACCAACCAGAAAUGGCACGGGCACCUACUGGAUUCUGUCAGCGGGUAACAAAGAUAUGAAGCUUCUCACAAGCUCUUACCAGACUGCGGAUAACACCAAGUGUGAAAUAUGGAAUGGCGGGAACGGGGCAACUGGAGCAUGGUGGUAUUUAGAGCUUGUUGACGGUCAAGCUGCCACUUACCCUGACAUCGGAAAGGCUCCUAAGCCUGAAUGAAGGCUGAUUUGAGAGUCUCUUGAGAGCUCGGUUCAAUUCCAGCGGUCGUGAUGAGGUCAGAACUAUAGAAUACACGUUGGCAUUCUCAUUGUCAUGGCAAGGGCUAUGAGAAGCUAAGACACUCUUUUAAACAGUAGAGAGCUCUAGAAUAGACAAUUCAACAUCUGUCUCAAGAAAAAUAUUUGAUAAACG